AUUACACUCUCAAGAACCAAACAACACCAAAAUUUCUUAGUUCAACUUUCUUCUCUAAUUCUACCAAUUUUCAUCCUUUUUUUUUUUUAUAUAUUUGCGUUAAAAUCUUCUUCUCAUUACACGUUACUAAGUCAGAAACAUAAAUCUGUUACAAGAAAAACAAAAAUCUAAGAUCAACGAACAACCUCUUCUUCUGUUUCUAUCAUUUGGAUCUACCCUUUCUUCUCUCAGUUUUGAACUAGUCAUGGUGUUUUCUCUCCACAAACGCUUCUGGGUUUCUUCCUGGUUUCUCCUUUUCUUCUGGGCCCUCUCUGUUUCUUCUCUCACUCCCACUUUUCUUUCUGACCACAUUUUCCAUUCUCAAGCACAAGCACAAGCUGGUCGGAACCUCCUUCAGGCGAAAAAAGGUUGUUCUGUGAAUUUUGAGUUUUUAAACUACACAAUAGUCACAAGCAAAUGCAAAGGACCCAAAUACCCUCCCAAAGAAUGUUGUGGGGCGUUAAAAGAAUUUGCUUGCCCUUAUGCAGAUGUUUUGAAUGAUCUCACAAAUGAGUGUGCCACAACCAUGUUUAGUUACAUGAAUCUCUAUGGAAAAUACCCUCCUGGCCUCUUUGCUAGUGAGUGUACAGAAAGCAAGCGUGGUCUUGAAUGUCCUGCAUUGCCACCAUCAGUAUCAGCAGAUGACACUUCAAAUCAAUUUCUACACUCUCCAUCUCUGUUGCUGCUGCUCACAACCUGCUUCUUAAUCUUGUUAUUCUGAUACAUUUAUACCAACUUUCAUUCUUUUUCUUGCAUUAUAUUGAUGCAUUGCCAUUUUUUGUAUGUUGUGUGUGAAUUGCUGUUUGAGCCAAAAAGAAAAAAUGGCCAUGUGCCUGUAGUUUGAGGAUUGUAUUAACCAAUUAUGUAUUGAAAAAAGUUACUUGUGCCAA